AUGUUGAAAUGCAAUCAUAACCAGAAGUUCCAGGAUAGUUUACAACCGCAACAAAGACAACGAAAGCAGGAAUAUCUACAUCAGUAUGGCCUGGAAGAAGUCUCGCACUUGACGAAUAACAGAAGUCUAUGUUACUGCUCUGAUGAUUUGGUGUUGAACUCUGCUGGUUAUCGCUUUCUUAUGUGCUUAUGGGUGCCUUCCUGGAAAAACCCAAAACAGAAAAACAUGCAAGGAUGGCGAUUAGAAAUGGAAGAUGCCCAUGUAGCUAAGUCCGAGCUCCCCAGUCCUUUCCAAUACUGGUCGUAUUUCGGCGUAUUUGAUGGACAUGCAGGAUCUCGCGUUUCAGAGCUUUGUGCAGCCAAGUUGCUAGAUGCUAUUCUUAACACAGAAGAAUUUCAGAAGCUUAGCUUUGAUAAAGAGCUUGAUACAUCUUUGGUCAAGAAAGGCAUCAUUAACGGGUUUUUAUCAUUCGACCGAGACCUAGCAUCUGAUGAUUCCGAUGAAAAAUCUGGCUCUACAGCAGUAAUUGCCUUUGUCACACCAACCCAUAUAAUUAUGGCAAAUUGUGGUGAUUCAAGAGCAAUACUUAUUCGCGACAACAAAACCUUCCUAGCGACCCAAGACCACAAACCAUAUAAUCCCAUAGAAAGUCGACGAAUUUCUGAAGCUGGCGGCAAAGUCAUGUUGUCUCGUGUUAAUGGAUCCCUGGCUGUCUCCAGAUCUCUGGGUGACUUCGAAUACAAACAAGUGCUUAAUCGCGGAGCGACAGAGCAGCUUGUUUCUCCUGAACCAGAUAUAUUCAUUGUUGAACGCAGAAAAGAAUUCGAUCAAGUUCUUCUUCUUGCUUGUGAUGGAAUUUGGGACGUGUUUGAAAACGACACUCUCACUACAUACGUCCUUCAUCGGUUGUGUUGCUUACCAUCCUUGGCGGAUGUUUGUUCAGAAAUUCUCGACACUAGUUUGCACAAGGGUAGUCGUGAUAAUAUGAGUGUCCUCCUGGUAGCGCUAGAUGCCGCCCCAACUGUGAAUCCAGAGGCAGUUUGUAAAGAAAUGGAAUUAGAUACUUCCUUAAACAAUAUGAUUGUUGAUAUAAUUAAUUCAGCCGGCGAAGAUGCUAACUUUUUGAAUGUGGAUUAUGUCGCCAGUGCAGUUAAAAGUAUGAAUCUUCCCAAUUAUCCUCCGGGUGGCUUCAACACCAAACGCGCUUAUGUAGAGAACUUUUUCAAUACUCAUUUCCGACAGAAUAAGGUGUUCGCAAAAACGCAACUGGAUGCUCAAAGUUAA